AUGGAGGGCCCCACCGGUAAAGGAGAAGAAUCCUUGAAGAAGAUCCCUGCGAUGACGUCGUCUUCCAGUGGAAGGAGAGGGAAGGAAGUUUCAGUUAACGCCGUCAAUCCGGCACAUCCAGCGCCCCAACAAUAUUCGGUGAAUCUCACGACCGCAUCGACUGCCGCUUCUGCCUACUUCCCUCCACCCCCACAGCACCAACCUCAAUUGAUUUACUACUCGGCCCCACCGGUCCCGCCGCCAAUGACCUCACAACCGUACGUCCACUACUAUGCACCCACGUCAACUCCGCCCCCUCAAACCAGGCCCCCGAUGUCGAGAGCCCCUCCACCGGCGCAACAGAACCCUACGUCGCAAGGUCCACAGGCCGGCGGCACGCAACACCGACCCCGCAGGCAGUACACACCUCUACCCGCUCCCCUUUCUCACAUGUAUUGGCAACUUCUUGCGGGCAAUCAGAUUCAGCCGAUAUCCCCGGGCCCGAACUUUGACCCGUCCGCUCAGGAUCAGUCUAAACGCUACGAGUAUCAUCAAGGCGCGCCGGCAUACUCUCGAUAA